CAAUCAUCCAGCCACCUCCUCGACUCUAUUCUCUUCCUUCUCUUUCCCCGGGAUCGUUCCCCCGUCAGCAUCCUCCUCCGUUUCUUCACCUUCAUCCUUUCCACUCGAUCUCCUCGUCUCGCAGUCACGUCCCCGGCUCGCAAACUCUUUUUUUCCCCUGGACGUCCAAAUAUACCCGCGUACGCGUAACCGAGGAACGCUGGACGUCGCGACGCCUGGCUGGCUGUACCAGCCUCGAAUAUGCGCCCAAGGUGAAUCCUGAUGAACGUAUCAUCGAUCGGUGGUUGCUGAACCAGCCGGUGUGCUCCGGUCCACGCGUGUACGCGCAAAGAGCUGCUGCUGCUGUUUCCACGAACGAGAGAUCCUCCGAUCGCUGAUUUUCACCCGAAUCGUCCUAAAGAUAGUCCCCGGGUCGAGGAGACAAAGAGACCGUGGAAAAAGAGCGCGAGAGAGCCGCGAGGGAGAGGGAGAGACAGGGAGGUCUGAGUUUUAUCGAUUGUCGUCGUGGGACGAGAUACGUGCCGGAUUUCAGAUCUCGCGCUGCGACAGAAUCAAUUCUCGUGCGGUCCAUCCACGGGGUGCAUUCGGAUCAUUCGAAGGGAUGACUUCGGCAUCGGUGACCGGUGAUCUCAGCUGAUGGUGGUGGUACGUUGCUCGAAGCAGGGUGGUCCGUCGUUGGGGUGACAGAUGCGAGAGGUCGUCGCGGAGAAAGUGUGUGAUCUCUCGUGUUACGUGCGCUCUGUUUUCGUGCCAAUCGAACGACAGUUUUCUAGAUGUACAUGUGUUGAUCGAGUGUAGAGGAUAAUGAGAGGUACUGCUUCUGAAUCGUACGGGAUUUACAGAUUUCAGGAUUACGAAGGCGACCUAUUUUUUCGGAGACGCAGAAAGAAGGAGAAACCUAACCAUUGCUGAAAUCUGUAAUCCCAUUCAUGGGAUACCAUGAACCAUUAGAAGCGAAAAAUAAAAAUUGAAGAGGUGUUAAUUCAACAGAACGAAUGAAAUACAAGAAACUAUGCUGGAAAAUUGCACAAGUUCGUUCUCGAUCGAAGGAUAUAUCGAGCGCGAGGAAAACAGGGAGUAAUGAUCAGAGGUACUUCCAGGGUGUUGACCGCUAAUUCGAGACGACUAAAGCACUGUUGCCAGAGCGAAUUCCAUCUGUUUGGCAACCUAUUGUUACGAAUUCUCCUUAUUCUUUGCUAUAUUACCGGCACCUGUUGUUACUGGAAAGAGAAGAUGCCGCGCGGGACCAACGAUAUACAGAUCGGUUUGAGCCGAGCGCUCCAACUCGGACACUGCGAUUUGGAGAUCACCUGCGAUUGGUUCUGGGAUCAAACUUCUGGCUUUAAAAGAAUCACACCGGCCUCUAAAGGAAGACAUGUACCUACCACGGAUGCUAGUCGUUCGGAAACAGGGCAUUUCUUAUGGUAUACCGAAGGAGAAAAGGCCCAAAUGUGGUCUGUGACUAUUCCACCAACUGGGACUCGUUGCGUAUUAGAAUUAUCGUUAUACCAAGUCGAAAUGAAAGAUGGUGCUAUCAAGUUGCUCAUAACUACAAAUAACACAAGUUCCAUUGCCGUGGAGAAGGCCGGAAAUAACCAUGCAAAAUGGGAUGUAACGCGAUUUAAACUGGGUGCAAUUAGUCAACAUCAUAGGUUAUUGCUAGAGUUCCUGUUACCUUAUUCCAACUCUAGCGUCGGUGUCGACAACAUCCGUCUGAUUGACUGUUUUCCGGAACGACUACAGCCAGGAACAGCAUGCACCGACAACAUGUUCCAUUGUAGUAACGGUUUGUGUUUAAACAGAACACAUGUCUGCGACCUAACAAAAGACUGCCCUAACGGCGAAGACGAGGGUCUCGACUGUGACAAAAUACCAGAGAAUGCCAGAUGCAAUUUUGAGCACGGAUGGUGCGGUUGGAGAAACGUACCAGGAAGACCUUUAAUUUGGACCCUCCAUCAAGGUCCCACACCGUCGGAGAAAACUGGACCUAGUUAUGAUCACACGUACCGUAAUGCGUCUGGAACAUAUGCUUACGUAAACAUGUCGAAAGCAGUGAACAUGCCGAAAGCAAACUAUGGUAGUCGCGGAACUAUUGAAAGUCCACUAUACAAUCCUACACCUCCGUACAGUAGCGAUGAAAAAAGUCCUUAUUAUAAAACUUGUGAAGUACGUUUCUUUUAUCAUCAAUAUGGAGCACACAGUGGUUCUCUUGGAUUAUACUUGGUUCAAGUGAAACCACAUCAGAACCAGUCCGAAAGUUUGUGGUGGUCUUAUGGCGAUAGGGGUGACGUGUGGUAUAAUCAGGCUAUCACCUUGCCUGACAUUAGAUACAGAUAUUUUUUGCAAUUUGAAGCAAGCAGAGGAAUCUCCUCGAAAGGUGACGUGGCAAUCGACGAUUUUUCUUUGAGUCCCGAAUGCUUUGGAAUUGGGGUUCCACCGGAAGUUGUUGGAAAAUUCAAUUACUACAAUCCUGUUAUCGACUCGGAGAGGAUCCCUGAUCAACACGCUGAUUUCGUUAACGAAACUGUCAUAAAAAUCACUACUUGUGGUGCAACAGGAAGAACAGGUCCCACGCGAGAACUAUGUAGCGAAGAAUAUAACAAAACAGGCGUAGAAUUAAUGGUACCUCCACCGGAUCUGAAAGAUCCAUUUUCCUAUAAUUUAAAUGGCGUUCAACGAUGGACUGCACCUCGUGGAGGAUAUUAUACAUUAAUCGGAACGGGUGCUCGAGGUGGAAAGGGUUCCAGUGGUAUGGGAAGCGCCCUUGGUGCUCUUGUUCGCGGAGUAAUCGAAAUGGAGAAGGGUGAACAAUUAUAUUUCAUGAUCGGACAACCAGGAACUGACGCGUGUCCCAAAAAUUUAGGAUUGAGUAUAAACAGUUGUCAGAGUAACCAAUCGUACGGAUUAUCUCUAUCCUCCGGAAGUGCUUCUAAAGUACACGAAGUAAGAAAAAUCAAGAUCAGAGAUGGCGGAGGUGGCGGUGGAGGAGCAACCUAUAUCUUUACAUUAAAAAACAAUCAAGAACAACAUCCGGUAUUGAUUGCAGCCGGUGGGGGAGGUAUAGGUUUCGGACAAUUUGUCGAUAAUGGGCUUCAACAUGGUCGAGGACCUGCUCCUCCCGGAAGACCACCCAUUUCUGGUGCUGCUCUUUCGGCGGACGCGGGUGGCCCUGGUGGUGGGUGGAACGGGUCAUCGAGUAACGUUUCGGGUCAACGAACUUCCGCUGGUACAUCCCUGGUUCGGGGUGGUGUAGGAGGAAUUGGUUGCAGUCCUGGAAAUCAGAGUCACGGAAAUGGAGGAUUCGGUGGUGGGGGUGGUGGAUGUCGUACUGGAGGUGGUGGGGGUGGCUAUAUAGGUGGUGAUACAGGCCAUAUAGAACCCAGCAACGGCGAAGGCGGUUACUCUUAUGCCAGCCGUGAGCUUAUGCAUGUUCACUUCCGGCCAGGAAUAAAUCAUGGUCCUGGAGAGGUUUACAUUAUUCCUGCUAUCAGUGGCUGCGGUUGCGACUUCCGUUGCGUCGCUCUUGAUCAGUACCUGAGCGAGACAAAGUGUCUUUGUCCUCCGGGCUGGUUACUGAGCAAUGAUUCCAGAUCAUGCGUCAUGGCUGAUGAUUCCAAGGUUACUCAACAGACAUUCAUUAUCUGGCUCAUAGCCAUUAGCGUUAGUGGCCUAUUUCUUGCCUUCACUGCUCUUUGCUUAGUACUUUAUAACCGUUAUCAAAAUCGGAAAGAAUUGUUACGUCGAAGACAAGUUAUGUUUGGUAAUGGAACCGAGUUAACAUCUUUACGCGCUGUGUCCGAUACUAUGAUGACGGAAUUCAAUCCUAAUUACGAGUUCGCUGGGAAUUUAUAUAGUUUUAAGGAUCUGAAGAAAAUACCUCGGGAAGACAUCACUUUGGUGAAACCCCUCGGACAAGGUGCUUUCGGCGAAGUAUUUCAAGGCGUUUACAAACUCGGACACCAAGGUGAGAUGCCAAUAGCCGUGAAGAGUAUACCAUGUUCAUCCAGGCCUCAAACAGAAGCUGAUUUCAUGAUGGAAGCUCUGAUUAUGAGCAAAUUCAAUCAUCCUAAUAUAGUAAAAUUUGUCGGAGUUUCGUUCGAUAAAAAUCCCAAAUACAUCGUGUUAGAACUACUCGCUGGUGGGAACCUGAAGAAUUUUCUUCGCGAAGAAAGACCACGCGUUGACCGUCCCACGUCGUUGACUAUGGUGGAUUUGAUCAUGUGCGCCUACGACGUCGCCAUGGGUUGCCAAUACAUGGAGGAGGCUCGUUUCAUCCACCGGGACAUAGCAGCAAGGAACUGUCUACUCACCAGCAAAGGACCUGACCGAACAGUGAAGAUCGCAGACUUCGGCAUGGCCAAGGACAUCUACAGAAGCGACUACUACAGAAAAGGAGGCAAAGCCAUGUUGCCCAUCAAAUGGAUGCCACCCGAAAGUUUCCUGGACGGAGUAUUCACCACGAAGACGGAUGUCUGGGCAUUCGGCGUGUUGUUAUGGGAAAUCAUGUCGUUCGGUUAUAUUCCAUAUACGGGGUGCACCAAUCGGGAGGCUAUGACAAUGGUAACGUCGGGGGGUCGUUUGGAGAAACCUGUGGGGUGUCCUGAUCCUAUUUACGGAAUAAUGACCCGCUGCUGGCAUCCUCGACCCGAGGACAGACCCAGUUUUGCAACCAUCGUUGAAAGACUUGGGUACUGUUUGCAGGACCCUGACGUCAUAAAUCACCCAACGCCCAAGUUUGAUAUUUUACCGAUCUGCGAUCGUGAAAUAACGAUUAUGAGGCCGGAUCCGGAAACGGAGUGUAUCAACGUGCAAUCGGAACUGGAUGCCUGCGGGUACAUGCAGCCCAAAAUCAUCGAUCCACGUUCGGCGAUCCAGCGAUUGACGAUGGCUGCUGCUAAUAACAAUCCUUCGAAUCCUGGAAACGAAAAUACGGUUAGAACUAAUGCAAACGAGAGGAAUUCAGUGCAACCUACAGACUGUUUGAGACCGCGGUUUCAGAAUAAUCCAUAUGGCUCUAAUUCUGACAAGUCUGAGCAAAAUACGAGUACUAAUAAUUUCAGCGAUGAGAAUGAUCGCACAGAGAAGACACGAAAAGAAGACGACUCAAGUCGCGAAGAGCAAAGCGUACAUCGAACUUCAACGGACAUCGAAAAUAGCGGUAAGUUAGAAAUCGCAGACAAUGGUAACAACCGUCCAGCAAAGACCGAGAGUCGUGGAAGCAGCACGAACGACGUGUCCGACGUGGACAGAAGAAACGGUAACGACAGCGUAACAGACACGAACUCGGACUCCUUGAUCGUUGCUUCUUCAGAUACACCGCCUGACACGACGAAUUCUUCACCGAUCACUCGUACCUGCUCCCCUAGUCACACUGGCCUAAACACGAAUGCCGCUAACGUUAACGGGAUGUUAAAGAAAAAUGCUCUGAAAGCUGCUCUCAGUUUGGAUCCUAGUGCACUGUGUCGUGGAACGAUACCGUACGAGAAAAUUGCGUUUUCCUCGCCUCCGCAACGCUCGAGCACGCCCGGAAGUAUGGAGAUUAAAAAGGAUUCUCUGGGUCACCAGCUACCGAGGGAAGAGGAAUGCUCCUGCUGAGAUUUGUACAAAGGGGAGUGACAAUACUCCCCGGCCGUCAUUGUUACGACACGAGCAACCAACGGCAAAUCGUUGCGACGAUCCGCGACGAUAACCGGCGUCACGACGUCGAUCCGUAUCGUGGAUUCCUCGUCGUCUCUGUGGAUACGAGACGAAGAAUGCUCGCGUCGCGUCUAUUCCGAGGAGACACUCCUAUAAAUCGGAAAACGAUGAAUGUUGCCGCCUGAUAUAUGUGUGCUUCUCGACGGGAAGCCAUUUUCGUCCAUAACCAAAAGGGAAGUGUUUAAUUGCGUUUACUAAAUGGACGGUCCAUAGUAUUGCUGUAAUAGAUUCCAUUCACAAGCUUGAGACCGUCCGUUGUUAAAUUCAACUAAAUCCUUUUCUCCCACUCGCGUACACGAGAUAUAUAGGCGGUCUUUAAAUAUCCUAUGAAAACUAUGGAUUCUUCAUAGCAAACGGUUACGAAAAGCCGUUUGAAGUUUUGCAAUAGGACACUCCGUUCUAAAGAUGGACCUUCGGGCCGCCCCGUAGCGCUAUGGGGUUCACCCGGGUAUCUCCACGGAUUUAAAACUCAAUUGCAAAUAAUUGUAUCAAGUUUUUAAAAGUUGAUAAUAUUAAUUUAUUAUUACAUAUUAUUGUAAGUUUAUUCUAUUACUAUAAUAAUGGAUUAGAUUCGAAAUGAACUUAAAAUGGCGUAGACAGUCUUCAAUAUCUCGAGAACGAAAGUUCGGAUCGCAAAACGGUAAACGACUUUUCGAAUCCGUUUUCCACCAAGAAUCCAUAGUUUUCAUGCAGAAUAUUUUUCCGGGCAUCCUGUAUACAAAUAUCUACAUGUAUGUAAAAACGUGAACAUAUUAUCGUCGUGUCUGAUAAGCAAACGCAAGGGUUAAGACAGUUAAGUCUUAGAGCAACUAUCACACCGAACACAUUCCACGCACACACACAUAUAUAUAUAAAUACAUAAAUAUUAUAAAUUAUCGAGGAAAACUAUGUAGAUAUAGUCGUUAUCAGCUGUUAUACGGUACUAACCCUGCAGGAGGAUGACUACAGAUAACGUCGGGGUCUUUUUUGUCCUUAACAAAGUACGCAGGACUCGCGGGCCGCAUUGUACGGAACAUUUUUUUAAGAUUGCAAAACGAUGUUCUACACGUAGAAGAAGUUUUAGUGAGUGAGAGAGAGUGUGACAGAGAGAGAGAAAGACAGAGAGAAAGAGAGAGAGAGAGACAAUACACUAUACACAAGACUUAAUUUACACGAAAGGGAAAAGAAUACGCCCGUCGGCGUUCUUUCUAUACACACACCUAUAAACCUUUGUAUAAUGUAUGUAUAUUUACGAGAAGAUUCUAGACAAGGCUCACGUCGGAUCGCCUUCUUGAUAAAUUAUCAUUUUUUUUUAACAAUAUCAACGGACAACGAUCGUAACGUCUCAGAAAAACUUAACUGAAGGGUGUGAAGAUUACCUGACUGUUGACGAACGAAAACGAAAACAAAAAAAAAAAGAGAAAACAUGAAAUAAUUAAUUAAGGUAUCCCCUCUUGUCUACCUCGUUGAUUACUCGUUGUUUUAACCAAGAAGAUAAACGACGGGUUGGUGGAAAGUCGGUUUGUUUAACAUCGAUCUCGUUGUAUACGAUCGCUGUCGCGAAAAAGAAAUGAAACGGGCAGGUAGAGUUUUCGAAUCGCAAAACAAAACGAAGAUUUAAAAGAACAAAAAAAAAAUAAUAAUAAUAAAUAAAAGAGCACAGGCCCUUUUUUAUUUUUCUUACAACGACGACGUACUUUACGUGCGCGCAGCGUAUGAAAGUCAACCACCAUAUACCUGUACGUAAAACGUAAUAAAGACAUGUUUGUGGAAAAUUCUGGUGUUUUUAUUCGCACACUUUGAGGUUUUGUAAAA